AUGGCAGACUACUUCCCUGAAGAAGUCAUACACGAAAUCCUCCUGAGGCUGCCCAUCAAAUCUCUAAUCAAAUUCAGAGCAGUGUGCAAAUCAUGGUGGUCGCUGAUCAAAAGCUCUACCUUCACCCACACCCACCUCAGCCGCCGCACAGCCCAAUCCAGCAACCAAAACGACGGUCACCUCCUUCUGCUAAGCGCUUUACCUGAGAAUGUGGACACUGCUUGUCAGCUUGGUGAGCUUUUCUCCUUGCACUGGGACAACCCUGAAUUUGGUGACUACACAAGGCUUGUAAAUCCAUUCAUUUACCAUAACACCGCUUAUUUUCCCCAAAAGAUCACUUUUUUACUUCAGAAUUUCCAUGUGGUUGACACUUUUAAUGGGCUGAUAUGCCUCGCUGCUAAUUUUGCAACAAUAAUCUGGAACCCUUCUGUUAGGAAGUUUAUGUUUUUACCUAGGCCUAGAAUUCCUUUUCCCACAUAUUGCAUCAGAAAGUUUAUGAUAGCAAGUUACGCCUUUGGCUACGAUUCGCGUACCUAUGACUACAAGGUUUUGAGAUUUGUGAGCGACCUUUUAAGCGAAGCCCCAUGUGAGGUUGAGGUUUGGUCAUUAGCCAGGGGCUCCUGGAAGACUCUUAGUGCUGCUGUUAUUCCUGCGGACUUUAACCCUGCAGGUAUUGGUCUUAGAUACAGACAAGUUUUUGUUAAUGGUGUUACGCAUUGGCAGCAAUCCUUGAAGAACGAGGGUGAUUGCAUUGUGUGGUUUGAUAUGGUCAAUGAGGUAUUUGGAAAGAUAACGGUGCCUGAUGCUUUGAAAAGAAAGAAUUGCUUUAUGUCGAGAUACAGGGAGUCCCUUGCCUUGUUUGAGACAUAUGAUGAAGUUUCAGAGGGAUCAAAUGCUAUUACUUGUAUUCACAUGUGGGUCAGGAAAGAGUUUGGUGUGCCUGAAUCAUGGACUAAAUUAAUGAGUAUAUGCUUGGAAGGAACUUUAAUUGAGCCGCUUGGUUUUAGAAAGAGUUGUGAAUUAGUGUUCAUAAUGUAUGGUGGGAUGCUUCUAUCGGUGGACCCUAAGACCAAACAAGUUAAAGAGUUUAAAACUGAUGGAUACAGCUACCACUUCAUGGAUUCGUUUGUAGAGAGUCUUGUCUUACUUGGUCAACCCAAUGCUAUUUCUUACUAA